CUCAAGGGCCUGGAUGCAGAGAAUGUUUUACAGGUUUAGAAAAUGGUUCUGGUCGGAGAGAUUCUGGCUUCCUCCGACAAUAAAGUGGUCAGACCUGGAAGAUCAUGAAGGACUGGUCUUUGUGAAAGCGUCCCACUUGUAUAUCACAAUUCCGUAUGCCCUUCUCUUACUGGUCGUCAGAUACUUCUUUGAAAAGUUUGUUGCCACACCUCUAGCCAAUGCACUUGGCAUUCAAAAGGCACGGCAUAAAAUUAAACCAAAUGCCAUCUUAGAGAAUUUUUUCCAGCAUUCCACAAGUCAACCGUCACAUAAUGAAGUUUACGGACUGGCAAAGAAGUGUAACUUGACAGAGCGCCAGGUUGAAAGAUGGUUUAGGAUUCGCCAGAAGCAAAACAAACCUUGCAGGUUGCAGAAAUUCCAAGAAUCUUGCUGGCGAUUUACAUUCUAUUUCAUGAUGACGGUGGCCGGAGCUGUGUUUCUGUAUGACAAACCAUGGGCAUACGACCUCUGGGAGGUUUGGUAUGAUUAUCCCAGACAGCCUUUGCUGCCCUCCCAGUACUGGUACUACGUUUUGGAGAUGAGUUUUUAUUGGUCACUGGUAUUUAGCCUGGGCUCUGAUAUCAAGAGGAAGGAUUUCCUCGCUAAUGUCAUCCACCACCUGGCUGCUAUUAGUCUGAUGAGCUUCUCCUGGUGUGCUAAUUACAUUCGCAGUGGGACCCUCGUGAUGUUUGUUCAUGAUAUAUCUGACAUUUGGCUAGAGUCUGCUAAGAUGUUUUCCUAUGCUGGAUGGAAGCAAACCUGUAAUACACUGUUCUUCAUCUUCGCCAUCGUGUUCUUCAUUAGCCGAUUCAUUAUAUUUCCGUUCUGGAUUCUGUACUGCACCCUGAUCCUGCCUUUGCACUAUCUCGAGCCCUUCUUCUCCUACAUCUUCCUCAACCUCCAGCUCAUGAUCCUUCAGGGCCUUCACAUUUACUGGGGUUACUUAAUCCUGAAGAUGCUCAACAGAUGCAUAUUCACACAGAACAUCCAGGAUGUGAGGAGUGACAACGAAGAGGAAGAAGAUGAGGAGGAGGAAGAGGAGGAAGAAGAAGAGGAAGAAGAGGAGGAGGAGAACACCAAAGGCAAAGAGACAGAGUAUUUGAAGAAUGGCCUUGGGACCAACAGGCAUCUCAUUCCCAAUGGUCAGCAUGGCCGUUAGCUUGAAGCACAAUGUGCUGCCAGGACCUUGGGGGCCUGAACUGCUCCCCUAUCCACUGCUGUGGACCCACAGAGACCCCAUUUUGCCUUUUAUUUUAUUUUAUUUUAUUGAGAUGGAGUCUCCUAUGUUGCUCAAGGUGGCCCCCCACUCAGUCAUCCUGCCUGUGAUAAGUGUUGAAGGUGGAUGCCCGUGGACGGCCCAGCAGCCCAGGCCGCUCGGAGUGCUCAGGGAUUCUCCAGGCAGGGUCCGUUCUUGUUGUGUUUCCCCCAUCCAGGAUCAGCUGAGAUGCUUCUCCGCACAGGGCCUCUGAGGGCAUCUGCUCUACUACCUCACAGAGUUAGAGCAAGGAUCGGGUGAGGCGACAGGGGUGCCAGUGUCUACCGCAGGUGUUAGCAACCUUCGCUGCACUAGAACUCCAGCUUUGACAAAACAGACAACCCUGGCUGAGCGUGCUGUGAGAAACCCCAUCUUAAAAAUGGCUCUUAAUGUGUAAGAUACCUGGAGGUGCAAAAGUCCAGAAGUCUGUUUCUGUUUGUAACUGUGUUGUUUCCAGGGAUAAUUCUCAGAUGACCCCAGAGCCUUCCUGGCAGGGUCCUGGGGUAGAAGGAAGGGAGUUUUGGUGUCCAGCUGCCCUGUGCUAUCACCCUGAGCCCCACCCUCAGGCUUAAAGAGAUGCCAUGGGCUGUGAGGGUUGCUUGGGGACCACUGAGGAGAGUAGGAUCCGAGAGAAGUUGCUCACUGAGCCAUAUUACCCAGGAAGCCAGCCCCAGGGUGGCAUACAUGAGAGCUUCAUGGUCUGAAGGAACUCUUGAAAGUGAAAAGAGGAAGCCAUGUUGUGGUCUCAGGGUCCAACUCCUUCUGACUACUGAACAGUAAGGAGCCCAGCAGGCCAUCAAGCACCCUAAGUAGCAAAAGUCCUGUGCACACUAAAUGGUCUGAGAGUUUCAGUUUUUAAUUUUUAAAAUAGCAUGUUUUUAAAACCUUCAGGCUAAUAAGAAAAUACGAGCAAACAAACAAAAACUCUUCAGAAUUCUGUUCCCAACAAAAUAUCUUGUUAAAGAAUUGUAGGAAAAACAGGGAAAAACAGCAAGUCUUAAGUUAAUAUUUGUUUUUAUGAGCACAGCACCAUGUGUAUUAUAUCUGUAAUGUGAUCUCAUAUUUAAAAUGUCUCUACUCACUUUAGGGCAUAGUUAUUGGUUUAUUGUUCUUACUUUGGUGAAAGGUCUCACUAAAAUACUUUUAUGUGUCCGGUUAACGAAGUAUUUCCCCUUGAUUUACUUUGGUUUUCUUUGUCUACAGAACCUUUUCUUGCUUACAGUGAAGCAUUGUUUAUUGCUAUACCCUCCAACUUCUUUUUCUGACUUUGACUGUAGAAGGUAAAACUGAUAUGCUCAGCUGAAGCACUGUCCUGCAGAAGAGGAAGCGGUGUGCUCUGCGGCAGCAUUGGGGGCUGUCGUGGCUAGGAAAGGUAACCCCCUUUCCCAUAGCAAACAAGGGUUCAGUGCAAUGCGAGGUGACUUUGUAAAACUCUAAGCCACAUUGACUUACAAUAAAACAAAAAAGAAUCCCA